AUUUCUAAUUUUCUCUCAAGGGAAAGCGGCCAAUGAGUUCUCACGGCAUGUUAUCAUGCUCUUUGUGUGAUUAAAGCCCGUAACGUAAAGAACCAUUUGAUUCGUGAUUUCGACUUGAGAGGAAGUUACAGUGAGAACUCAGCCACUGCGACAUGAGGGGAGAGCGUGACCAGCAGCCAGAAAGGAGCCAGCGCACGCAACCGUCUCUCGUCGUCGGAGCUGUGAAGAUGAUCGGGGUUUUGGCGGAGCCACUUGUCAAAGGACAGUAUGCAACCUGCCGGUAACCUAAGAAAGGUGUGAUUAUGCCAACGAGAAGCACGUUUGUGCCAAGUUAAUGGUGAACAUUGGAGUAGCCUCUACACCUGCCUCAACUACUCUUUGAGUUUGAGGAUUCAGUCAGACUGAUCGCAUUCGUCACAAGAUAAGGAUUUGCAUAUUUAAUUAAGGAUUGCUUGCUUGUUUUAAGUGUAACUAAGGGUUACUGUGAUAACAUUUCUAAUUUUCUACAUAUCUGUUGCUGUGAUAUUUGAAUGUUUAUAGGUUCAGCGUUAAGCACCAUUAAGUUGUUCUGAGAAAUAUUAGUUUGAAGGAGUACUGUGGUAUUUGCUUAUUUGCAGUGAUUUUAAGUUUUUAAAGGGUGCUCUCAUUUAAUAUUCAUCUAGCAUAGUGUAGCGUAUCUUGUCAUAUAGGGGAUUUAAGCUGUCACUUGACAUUCAAGUUGGUGUGAUCUGAUGUAAAUAUAAUUAUUUCAUUUAUUGGUUUUAUAUUUUACAUUUGGAUUGCACAGAACAGCCUUUAAACAUAGGCUAAAGGAUAACGAGUGUAACUGAUUUAAUGUACAAGCUAAGCUAAUUACUGCUAUUUAAGGCUACUUAAGGGUACUUAUUAAACUCGGUUUCUUAAGUUACUAAAAUACUAAAAUUCUUAAUAUACUAAAAUAGUUGAUAAAGACAUUGCAAUCAAAAUGCAAUACCCGGAAGUCACUCAUGAAGAGGAGGAGUCUGUUAGUGAUGAACCUUUAGAAGAAAGUCCUGCAAAGGAAACUGGAGUGAAUACAGAACCUGGUGUUACUGAAGACAAGAGAAAAAGGAAACUUACUGAAAAGGGUCAGGAGCUGCACAAUGAAAAAUUAAAAAAACUACAACGCAAUUUUGACAAAACAUACGAGAAAUGGAAAGCUCUCGCCAAAGAGGCUAAAAGGGCACUCACCUUACCCAACUCAAACGACGUUCUACGUGAACACCAAAUUCAAAUUCACGUUGCUGAUAUAGACGUAAAGGAACGCUAUGAGGAUGUUCGCAAACACAGUGUCCCGGACACAGACACCCAACGUCGGGUAGACACCUGUGAUGCUGUAUCAAAACAACUCAUUGAACGACUACAGGUUCUUCAGGCUGAAGAUGCAGAUAAGCAUUUAUCCACUGUACAAGCACCAUGGGGUAACACUGGCUCAGUUUUUUCAUGUAAAAAAGACGAAGUGUCCAUGUUGAGCCACCCUAUCUCUGGACGUGUUUCAAAACGCUCAAGUGUGUCCUCCACAAAGAUGCAGGAGGCAGAAGCGGAGUUUGCUGCAACUAAAGCUACCUUAAAGGUUCUAGCAGAAAUGGAACAGGAAGAAAAGGAGCUUGAAAGGCUUGAGGCUGAGAACAGGAGGCAGUUAGCGCAGCAAGAAGCAGAAAAUGCUCAAAGACAGAAGUUACUAGAAGAGAAGCGCAGACAGUUAAAGCGUUUGGAAGCAACUAAAAGAAUGAAUGCUGCAAAGGCAAGACUGCGAGUCUACGAACGAGACGUAGGCUCAGAUGAAGAAAUAUCAGAUCUUCUUCAUAACCAUAACAUGUCAGAUCUUCCGCUUAAAGCUAAUGCCCUUCCAAGGUACAGUAUGCCUUCACAGCCUGCCAGUAGACUCCCCACCAUGAAUUAUGAAGCUCCAAGGCCUACUUCUCAAGUUGCUCGUCCCACUUCUCACGAGAAUAACACAACAAUGCUUGCUGAAGCGAUAGCAGAGUCCAUAAACACAAGCCGCCUUCCAGUGCCAGAGCCGCCGAUCUUUAGCGGAGACCCAAUAAGAUACAAGGACUGGAAAAUGUCUUUCCUAACCCUUAUAGGCCGAAAGAACAUUCCCAUAAAUGAAAAAAUUUACUACCUCCGCAAGUAUGUCACUGGAGCUGCAAAGAAGGCGAUUGAGGGUUAUUUCCUGGUGGGCACUGAGAAAGCCUAUGAUUCAGCAUGGGACAUAUUAGAAGAGCGAUACGGCAACUCCUUUGUGGUCGCUAAAGCUUUCCGCGACAAGCUGAAUUCAUGGACAAAGAUUGGACCCAAAGACAGCAUCGAGCUGAGGGAAUUUGCAGACUUCCUGCAAGGCUGUCAAGCUGCCAUGGGUCAUAUUAAAGGUCUUGAGAUCCUAAACGACUGCAGUGAAAAUCAAAGAAUUCUCAGCAAGCUCCCUGACUGGCUCACGGCCAGGUGGAACAGAAAGGUAAUGGACUUCGUAGAAGAAACACAAGACUUUCCUAGUUUCCACACCUUUGUUGAGUUUGUAUCUAGAGAAGCCAAGAUAGUUUGCAAUCCGAUGACUUCACUUCAUGCUCUGAAGAGCCGUGAUGCUGAAAGGGCAAAGCCAUCUAAAAUCCGCAAUGUUGGUGCAAGGGUGCUAGCAAGUUCAUCUGAAGAGAAGACAGACGUUGAAGGACAAAGAGGCGAUGCUAAGGGAUGCAUGUUUUGUGAGAAGACAAACCAUGGCAUUCAGACAUGUCGGAAGUUCAAGGAGAGGCCUGUCAAGGAGCGAGUUAAGUAUGUGCAGACAAAGAAAUUGUGUUUUGCAUGUCUAAGGCCAGGACACCACUCAAAGAGCUGCGAAAGGAGAAGUGUUUGCAACACGUGCAAUGGAAGGCAUCCCACAUGCUUGCAUGAAGACCGUGCUAAGGCGGAUGAAGGGGUCCAAGCUGAUAGACAAAGGGAGAGUGGAAAACCGUCAAAGGGAAAGGAAAUGUCUAAAGAGCCGAAACAUAGUGACACAGAAUCUACAACUAUUGAAGUAACAAGCAUAGCUAUGUCUAACCAAGUUAUGCACAAUGGGAAUAGCACAUAUGCAUCCACAAUAGUGCCAGUUUGGUUGUCAACGACAAGAAACCCAGAUGUCGAAGUUCUGAUAUACGCUCUGCUGGACAGUCAGAGCGAUAGCACCUUCAUCUUACAUGAAAGGGCAGAGGCUCUUGAUACACAGAUGGAUCCAGUGCAAUUAAGGCUUUCCACUUUAGCAUCUAAACAGACUGUAAUACCAAGUCACAAGUUAGCUGGGUUGCAGGUCAGAGGGUUUUACUCCUCCAAGAAAAUCCCUCUUCCUGUGACUUAUUCGCGAGACUUCAUCCCUGCUAGUCUGAGUCACAUUCCCACACCCAAGACAGCAAGAGCAUGGUCUCACCUAGAGCACCUCGCUGAAGAGAUCGCUCCUCUGAUAGACUGUGAGAUCGGUCUGCUCAUAGGGUACAAUUGUUCUCAAGCCCUGUUGCCAAGGGAAAUUGUAUCAGGCAAAGAUGAUGAACCCUUCGCAGUAAGGACCGAUCUUGGCUGGAGCAUAGUUGGAUGUGUUAAUCCCUGUGUCGACUAUGGAGACGCUAUUGGAAGCAGCCACAGAAUCAUUGUGAAACAAGUCACACCAGAGGUACAGUCAGAUAGUGACCUAACAAGUCAAGUUCAGUACAUAUGCAGAACUCAAGUCAAGGAGGUCAUUGUUCCGACAGAUGUGCUGAAAGUGCUUGAAUUGGAUUUCAGCGAGAGGAAUGUAGAAGACGCUCAUUUCUCUCAAGAUGACCUUCUCUUCAUCACGAAAAUGGAGGAGGGCAUAAAGACACAAAGAAAUGGAGCGCGCGAAAUGCCAUUGCCAUUUAAGGAAGAUAGGCCGCAUCUGCCUAACAACCUCAAGUGUGCAAAUCAUCGCCUCCGGUGUCUGAAAAGGAGAUUUGAGAAAGACAAGAAAUAUCACGAGGACUAUGUUGCAUUCAUGAAGGACAUCAUAUCCUGUGGAGAUGCCGAGAAGGUUCCAGAAAGUGAACUCCAACGGGACCCUUGCUGGUACAUUCCACACCACGGAGUCUACCACCAUCAGAAACCAGAGAAGAUCCGCGUGGUGUUUGACUGUUCAGCAAAGUUCGAAGGAGUGUCACUCAAUGACUAUCUACUCACUGGACCGGAGUUGACAAAUUCUUUAGUAGGAGUCCUCUGUCGAUUCAGGAAGGGCCCAGUAGCCGUGAUGUGCGACAUUGAGCGCAUGUUUCACCAGUUUCGGGUCAGAGCAGAAGAUCAGGACUACCUCAGGUUCCUUUGGUGGGACAACGGUGACAUCGAGUCAGAACCAUCAGUUUACCGAAUGAAGGUGCACCUAUUCGGUGCAGCCUCGUCACCCGGCUGUGCCAACUACGGCCUUAAACACGUCGCCGCACAAGGACGAGGUCGAUUUAGUGAAGCAACAAUCCACUUCAUCGAAAGAAACUUUUACGUUGACGAUGGCCUGAUAAGUGUCUUAACGUCGGAAGAAGCCAUAAGGUUGGUUUCUGAAGCCAGAUAG